AUGAGCAUCAGGCUUCGAAAUGCCGCGCUCUUGCUUUCCAACAUCGUCCUCAUCGCGGCCCUUCUGAUCUUUGCAAAGGGAUUUUUCCCUCAUAAAGCUUUCUUGCCGGGGUUAGCAACAUGGCCUGCAAAGUCCGAAGCAGGCGCUCGAUCGGCUCCUUUUGAUCGCGUCAUCUUUAUGGUUGUGGACGCUUUGAGGAGCGAUUUCGUCUACGGGAAUACAUCAAGCUUUACUUUCACCCAGAGCCUCAUCAGGUCUGGCGCCGCGGUCCCGUUCACCGGCCAUGCCAGUCCGCCAACCAUAACAAUGCCGCGCGUCAAGGCCAUCACAACGGGCUCGGUGCCCAGUUUCGUGGACCUCAUUUUGAAUUUUGCCGAGUCGGACACGACGUCGACCCUCAAGGACCAAGACACAUGGCUGGCUCAGUUGCGCGCAAGAGGCGACGGCAGCCUCGUGAUGUAUGGAGACGAUACUUGGCUGCGCCUGUUUCCAGACUUUUUCACUCGGGCCGAUGGCACGACGAGUUUCUUCGUGUCCGACUUCACCGAAGUCGACAACAAUGUCACACGGCAUAUUCCUGCUGAACUGGCAAACCAGGACUGGUCCGCAAUGACACUCCACUUCCUGGGUCUGGAUCAUAUCGGGCACAAGACUGGGCCCAAGGGACCAAGAAUGCCAGCAAAACAGGCCGAGAUGGAUGGGAUCGUCAGGGACAUUUACACGAAGUUGGAAAGUUAUGACCACCUCAAAUCGUGCUUGUUAGUCCUGCUCGGCGACCACGGCAUGAACGAAGGGGGAAACCACGGCGCGUCCUCACCAGGAGAAGUGUCCACAGCUCUGACAUUCAUUUCUCCAAAGUUCAAGUCGGCUUUCGAAGGACAGUCCUGCCCCGUUGACGACGCCGUCGAUUACCAUUACUACGACACUGUGGAACAAUCCGAUAUAGUCCCCACCCUCGCGGCUCUACUGGGAUUUCCUAUCCCGCUGAAUAACCUCGGAGUCAUUGUGCCGCGAUUGUUGGAGCUCUGGACACAUCCGCAGGAUCAGUAUGCUUUGCUCUACAGCAACGCAGAACAGAUUCUGCGGAUUGCACAAGCAACAUUUCCUAAAGAGUUCAGUCAGGUGUCAACGUCAACAUCAACUGAAUGCCCGAUCACUGACGGAGACGACGUCCAGAUCCUCGCCUGUCUGUGGCAACACGUCUCAGAGCAACACCAAGCGGUGGUCGGCGCGGCUGAUCAACAGCCCUACUCCGUUCCGCCGACCACACAUCUCAGGUCAUUUCUGUACAAGGCGCAAACCCUUCUCAGUGGCACGGCCAGCAAUUACGACCUCACGAGCAUGCAGAUAGGCAUCGGGUUCAGCGUGCUGGCGCUGGCGCUCUGCACGCCCAGCUUCGCACGAGAUGUUCUCUUAUCCGGUGUUGAUGGGGUGAUCCUGGUGGCCACAAUGCUCGCCUACGCCGUGACCAUGUUCGCCAGCAGCUACGUCGAAGAAGAGCAUCAGUUCUGGUACUGGACCCUUGCCGGCUACCUGGUCAUUCUCCACUGCAGGGACAGCCGGUUCAAAAUGACCGACACUCACGGAGCCGCUCGUCCGUUAUUGAAAGGCCCGACCGCCACAGCACUCGCAUACUUCCUAUUCGGCGUGGCUCGGCGUUGGAGACAGACGGGGCAGAAAUAUGCAGGCGAGGCCGACAUCCUGAGCCAAGUCAUCACCUCGAAUUCAUGGCUCCUCUGGACGCUGGUCAUGCUCGUGUACGCCGUGCUUUCGCGCAAUCUGAGCCAUCGCGCGGGCGUGUGGAUGGGCUCGCCGCAGAUGGGCAUCCUGCCGGCGCUGGUGUCCAUCUCGGCAUUCCUGUUCAAGAUCGCCUUCACGGCCGCGGACGCGCCCGAACUACUCGCUUCCUUCCCGAUCCUCAACCCCUUGGUGGGCUUCGUCUCACAGUACCCGCUGGUGAGCAUGGCUAGGGUCGUCUUCCUGGGCCUCGCCCAUCUGCUAGGUUGCGCAAUCUACUUCGAGGCGCCGUGGAAGAGCGCGAGCCACCUCCAGCGGUUCCUGCCUGCCUUUCAGGACGUGCUGUCGCUGUUUCUCAUCACGCAGACCCGAACCGUCUACGUGCCGCUGUUCCUGUUCUCCAACCUCCAACUCUACCUCCUCCGACGAGGCGGUCGGCAGCGUCCGGUCAGCGAGAUCGCCAUCCUCGCCCUCCUCUUCCAACACGCCUCGUUUUUCACAUUCGGAAACACAAACUCCAUCGCCACCAUCGAUUUAUCAAACGCAUACAACGGAGUCACGGGUUACAAUGUCGCCGCCGUCGGGAUGCUCACGUUCAUCAGUAACUGGGCUGGCCCGAUAUGGUGGUCCUUUGCAAUUUGCCAAUUAUUCAGUUGUCUCCAUUUUGAGACCCGUGCAUAUUCUUUUCUCUUUACCGCUUUGGGAACGUUUGCCUGUAUCCAUGCCCUCUCGGUCAUGGUCGCGUGUCUGGUCCUCCGAGAACACCUCUUCAUCUGGACCGUCUUCUCCCCCAAGUAUCUUUACACGGUGGCGUGGGUGCUGGGCCACCAUACCGUCGUCAAUGCAUUAUGUGUCGGAUCGCUGCUCUGGCGAACACAAGCCUAG